AUGUGGUGGAGUUCUACGGUCCAGAUCAGCCUUGUGCUUAUCAUCGUCUUCGAUCGACAGCUGUAUGCUGCCUCGAUAUUCGACCAAACUUACCUGGGGAAAUCCGAGCAAUUUCAGACUUCGAAAGGAAAAUGUCAGCCGAUUGAAAUUCCAUUAUGUAAAGAAGUCCCUUACAAUUAUACAUAUUUUCCAAAUCCCUAUCUACAACAGGAUCAGCAAAGCCUCCAAACAAAUACCGAACAUUUCAAGCCGUUGAUUAAAACAAAAUGCAAUCGAAAUAUUCAAUUUUUCGUCUGCUCAGUAUUUGCUCCAAUGUGCCCCGAAGGAAUGCCUCAGGCGGUUACCAGUUGCCGUUCUGUCUGUGAACAGGUGAAAGCUGACUGUUCGUCCAUCCUUGAAGAGUUUGGUAUUUCAUGGCCCGAGCCAUUGGACUGCAGUCGUUUCCCACAGGAACCGGACCUGUGCAUGAAUCCGGACGAGGACAGGCAUAGCUAUGAAAAGACGUCAUCUGUUCAUCGUCAUCGUCUUCGACCGUCAUCACUUUCAUGUCCACACGAUUUAAUCGAUAUCGAUCCAUUGGACAACGAAGGAGUCUGUGCCUAUAAAUGUGGAGCUGAUGUCAUGUUUAGUAGCGAGGAAAAAGCAGCAGCUCGAACAUGGAUGAUUAUGUGGGGUGGAUUCGACUUUUCUAUCAGCCUGUUCACAUUCCUUACGUUUCUCAUCGAACGGAAUCGUUUUCGAUUUCCCGAGCGAUGUGUCUUCUACAUUUCGUUAUGCUUCAUGCUCUACUCGAUACCGUACCUAUUCCCUCUGAUCAUGCAAUAUUCGGCUAGAGCUUGUGAUAAACUGAUCAACGGCCAGAGUUACUUGGUAUUUUCUGGCUUCGAAAACACCAAUUGCCUAUUCUCGUUUGUGUUCACCUACUACUUUGGUACAGCAAGUUGCCUUUGGUGGCUGAUGUUCGCGUUUACAUGGUAUCUGUCUGCUUCACGUAAAUGGGUACCGGAAGGGAUUGACGCCUGUUCGAGUUAUCUCCAUUUGGUAGCAUGGGGUACUGCCGCAUUGAUGACGAUCGUCGUACUUGUUAUGCAAAGGGUGGAUGCAUCGGAACUGUCCGGGAUCUGUUCGGUAGGCAAUACCGACCCUACCGCUCUGCUGGCAUUCUCGUUGGUACCUCGUUCGGUGUUCGUCUUUUUCGGGACCUGCUUUGUUAUCGCCGGUUUCGCCAGUAUGUGCCGUGAACGUGACAGCUUCAGAAGACGAGGAACGGAUACGUCAAAACUCGACAAGCUGAUGUUCAAAAUGGGCCUUUUCUGUCUACUGUACAUCUUUCCGGCUGUAACACAGAUUCUGUGUGAUAUCUAUGCUUAUAACAACGUGAAAAGAUGGUAUCCAACAACGAUCGCAUGCAAAAGUAAUGGUGGUGUCGAAAGUGGACAUUGCCAUCGCCCACAUUUACCACAGGCGGAGAUCUAUCAUCUGAGUCUGAUGAUGUCGCUGGCUGUGGGAGCAUCAUGUGGCAUGUGGGUUUUGUCACCGAAAACGUUGAUGUCAUGGCAUCGUGUUCUGUGUUGUGGAAUGUGCCGAGCUGCCCCUCAGAAACCAACCACGACCACCACCACUACGGCCGCUGCAACUCGUCCACUUCUCGAACCACCAACCGCCCCUCCACCACAUCCCCCAUCACAUUAUGUACCAAUGUCAUCACAUGGUCAAAAUGCUUGGCGACCAUCCAAAGUCGUCUAA